AUGGCAACUUCAUGGUUCGUGGACCCGGACCUCAAGCCAACGACCUUCACAGCGUCUUACGUGUGCAACAACCUGUCCAAGCUUGGCGAGAUGAUGGUUUAUGCGAGCGUAGACGACGUGGUGUACGUGGACACGACGCACACGCCAUACAGGACCCACAAGCUGCCGUGUGCAGAGAAAUCUGCGGUGCACCAAGUGCGCUUCUGUACGCUAAAAGACUUGGCUGUGAUCGUCAUCUACGACUCUACGGGCGAGAUAAGUCUUUCGGAGAUUGCACUGAAGGAUAUCGUGGGUGGUGACGUUGGAGGGGAUUAUCUCUAUUGCCAGGGCAUUUGCUCCAUCCCCAUGAAGGAGCCACGUCUCGUCGUGGGCACCUCGCUUGGGAAGCUGCUUGUAAUCGGGAAAGAAGAAGAGGCCAAGUCUGGGGAAGGAUCUAGCUUCGAGGUGAGUGAGACGCUUACCGAGCACGACGAGGCUAUUUGCUGCGUGGAAAGUUCCCUCGACGGUACACUGCUUGCCAGCAGCGACAUGAGUGGAGCUAUCUUGCUUCGUAACCCUAAAGACGGCUUUGAAGUCACCCAUCGGAUCGUGAGCACCGCUUACCCUGCGACUUCCAUGACCUUCAUGGCAGAAAACUGGCUGGUGGCUGGAUACCUGACAGGGUGUCUGCGGCUGUAUAACCCUCAAGGUUUUGCCUUGCACGCCGAAGUGGCUGCUCAUACACGAGCAAUUACAGCGUUGGAUGCACACAACGAGUUUGCGGUGUCCGUGAGCGAGGAUACGUUUAUGAAUGUCUGGGAGAUUUCAUCAAGCAAGCCGGGAGCAACACCACGCGUAAAGCUUGUGAGCUCCCAACCAGUCCCCAAUGAUCUCCUAACGGGUGUGGCUUUCGUGUCGACAAACAGCCUCUUGACUGCUGCAUACGACAGCGCGCACCUCAAGUUUUGGAGCUUAGAAUAA